UAACCGGAUUCAAGUAUUGCCGCCACCAAGCUUUGGCGCGGAGAGACGCAUAAAAACCUUACAAAAGGGAGACGAACCAGGAAAACCCAAAUUCAGACAAAAAUGGCAACCUUGACAACAAUCUUGUUGUCCUGCAAACCUCAAAAACCCCUCAAAACCCUAACUUCCAUUGCAUGUUCAUCUCAAUCAUCCCCUUCAUUCAUUUCAUUUUCACUCAGGCAAAACAUCAAACACCUGGUGUGCAAGACACUGCCGAGAUGUUCAAUGGACAAUCGAGACUCCUACGACUCCAUGGGAACAUACCCAAGACCCUUAGAGAUUCAGUGGAAGAAAGAACUGUGUAAUUCUGUUCAGCUUAUUGGGAUUGUUGGGUUGCCUGUUCAAUUUAAUCAACUUAGUUCCGGGAAAGUUGUUGCUUCUACUCGUCUUGCUGUCCGAAAAUCUCCCACUGAUACUAGUUGGAUCAAUUUGACAUUUUGGGAAGAACUGGCACAUGUAGCUCACCAGCAUUUAGAGAAAGGUCAGCAGAUAUAUGUCUCUGGCCGUUUGGUGUCAGAUACUGUUGAAAGUGAAGAUGGGAAACAGCAGACUUACUACAAGGUGGUUGUUCAGCAACUGAACUUUAUUGAAAGGAACUCUUCUUCUCCAGUGCCCUUAUAUGAUGGCAGCUCUGACUCGACAGCAACAGUUGCGAAGUUUGACAACACUGCUGCACCUAGUAAGCUUUCCACUCAAGAGUUGUGGCAAGCGUUUUUUGCUAAUCCAACGGAAUGGUGGGACAACCGGAAGAACAAGAAAACUCCCAAAUAUCCCGAUUUCAAGCACAAAGAUACCGGGGAAGCUCUGUGGGUGGAUGCCAGGUAUAAUCCACCAUGGGUGAAAUCUCAAUUGGAAGUAUUGGAUUCGAGAAUGCAAUCUGUUCAAAAGCAGGAAGACACAAGUUUUUCCAACUAUUUCAACGGAGGUUACUAGAUGCUAUGUUUGGCGACUUCUAUGGUGCUGUUGGAUCAUUUCUGUAUAAUGUGCUAAUUUAUUGUCCAUUUCUUUCCUUUUUUCUGGGUGAAUUAUGGAUUUUGAACUCAGCACCUUUUGUUGUACAGGAUUUAACUAUGGUAUUAGGUUUGGUUUUUCAUAGCCUUUAAGUGUAAUGUACAUUUUCUCCAGAAACUAUCCCUUUUUAGGUGAACUUAUUAUCA